AUGCGCCCGGGGAAAGGGCUGCUGGGAGCUUCCUGCGCACUUGGGAGCUCUGCUGAGGUGCAGAGCGGUGUCUGCGUGGGAGCGGGAGAAGAGCUCGUCCCACAGCGCCUGCUGCAGAGCCUCUUCCCCUGGCUGGAUUCGCCCUCUGCCAACCUGCGGCUCACGGCCACAGCUUUCUUUGCCGAGCUGAUGAAGGACAAGCUAGUGGAGGAGAGGAAGCUGCUGAAGCCGCUCCUAGAGGCCUUGGGGGAGAGAGCGCGCGACCCCGUCAGCACCGUGCGGCAGAUGGCCGUGAGAGGUCUGGGCAACGCGGCCAGCGGAGCACCCGCGAAGCUGCGGAGGCACGGGGCGGCCGUGGUGUCGGUGCUGCUCAGAGGCCUGGAGGACGCGGCCAGCACAGAGGUGGCUGCCGAGAGCCUGCUGGUGCUGGCGAAGGUGCUGGGGCUGCUGGAGGCGAGGGCCGUGGGCUCUGCCUUUGAAGAGAUCUCCAGGGCCAGCCGGGCGUUCUGGGGGGCGGAGGAAGAGGUGCUGCGCCGCUCGGCCUUCGUCCUCUAUGGCGCCCUGGCCUCCUCCGCCUCUCGGAGGAGGUCAUUUUUCAGCAGAGAGGUGGAGGUGGCAUUUCCCAGCCUGGUGCUGCACCUCGGGGACCCGGCCCCGGCCGUCUGCAACGCCUUGGCUGGUGCUGCCGCGACAGCAAGGUUCCUCGCUCAGCUCUGGGGCAGGCGCGCAGCAUCCCCGUGA